GAAAACAUUAAAUAGGAGUGAAUUAUACAUCGACGAUUCAGUCAUCAGCAUUAUAUCUUUUUAAGAAGGUGAGAGAAAUUCAUCCAACUACUUCUUUUAAACGUCGACCCACAUUCUGGGCGGCGAGACCGGACGGAUUUUUUUCCACACGAUGAGUUCGAUCCGACUACAAGGCAGAAGAUGUUCUUACCCGAGGUUGUAUUAGUCGAAAAACGGUGUCAAAGACGGGCAUGGACACUAAGACUCCACCUAUACCUUUGAAGCUUCCAGAGAAGGUUCAAGUAAAGAAGCAGGAACGUGUAGCCGAUCUGUUUCUGCCGCCAUUGAUACCUUCUACGAAUCUCCGACAAAAACUAAAGCCUGUCAUAAAUUCAUGGUCGUAUGACGUCAAUUACCCUACAUGCUAUCCAAAUCAUCAUAAGAAGAGACCUUACAGAGUAUUGCAAAUUGGCGCCACACCUUUGAUGCACGCUUGCCAGCAGGCCGACAGACAUAAAGUCUUGAGAUUAUUGAGGGAACAAGAGGAGAGCAUCUGUUAUAGAGAUCGAACGUUAAGAAGUGCACUUCAUUACUGUAUGGAUGCUGCGACGGGUGGUGCUGUUGCAUCAGCGGCACCAGAAUUGGUUAAUGCUCCCGAUGCCGAGGGACAUACACCUCUUCAUCUCGCAGUCAUUGCCGGCGAUACUCAGUUGGUAGCUGUUUUGUUAGCGAAUGGCGCUGACGUUAAUGCCAAAGAUUUGGAAGGUCAUAGCGUUCUUCAUUGGGCCACUGUUUGCGGGGAAGCGGAAUGCGUACGUCUGAUCUUAGCUGCGGGUGCUAGGCCUUCAACGCCAGAUCUCCGCGGAGGCUCGCCUCUCCAUUACGCUGCGCAAUGUUGCGGUGCCGCAGUGACUGCCGAACUUGCGGUUCCAAAAAAAGUUGGUUUAAAGGUAUUACAAACUCUUAUAGAAUUUGGCGCUGACGUUAAUGCGAAGGACGAAGAUGGACGACAGGCAAUCUUAUGGGCGGCUAGUGCCGGUAGCGUGGAAGCAGUUUUAGCUUUGGCAAGGGUCGGGGGAGCUGCGGCCGCAGGAGCGUCGGAUAAAGACGGUUUAACGGCGCUUCAUUGCGCCGCGUCGAGAGGUCAUGCGAGAUGCGUCGAGGCAUUAAUUAAUUUGUGCGGAUCUCAGCCCGAUCAUGUAGAUGAUAAUGGUUGUUCCGCUCUACACUAUGCCGCUACGCUCGGUCACGCCGACGCUACGGCCUUGAUUCUUAAAUUAGGAGCUGAUCCAAAUCGACAAGAUCGAAAGGGUAGAACGCCAGCCCUAUGUGCAGCAGCUAAAGGUCAAUUGGAAACGUUAAAAAUCUUAGCGCAGCACGGUGGCUCAUUGCAUGCUAGAACAGUACGAGGUACAGGGGUUGCUCACGAGGCCGUAGCUUCGGGAAGAAUCGAACUCCUCAAAUGGUUGGCUAAAAAACGUCCGAGUACGUUGGAUAUCGUUACGCAAGACGGUAAGACGCCUCUUCAUGUAGCAGCACUUCAUGGUCAUUUGGAUGCUUGCAAGGUGCUUUUGGAUCAUGGUGCAAGAAUGAAUGCGAUUCUAAGGACUAACAAGGGUAACAUGAUGACCGCUUUGGAUGCUGCUCUUUAUAGGGGCCACAGAGAUUGUGCUAAAUUGAUUCAAAUGCACGGUGGAACUACUGCUCAACGAUUAAAAGAUCGCAGGAGUACGCCUGGGAAGGUUUUUUCUGCAAAAUUUCGAGUUGACCGUACUGAGAGUGGCACAGAUUCGGAAGAUAGUCCUCCAAAAUGGGAUCACGCACGCAAGGCACCGCGUGUCUAUUACGAGGAACGAUGGAUCGAGAAAAGAACACGAAAGAAAGGAAAUUCCAAGAAUUUAUUGCGACGAGACAGUCGAAGUUUCAGCGAAGAAGAAAUUCGACUAUCUAAGAAGGCGUCUUCAAGAAAAGAAUAUCAGCAACGAAGCAGAAGCGAGUCUGCGAGAUACGACGAGAAUGACACGACUACUGAUGAAAAGUUAGCACGAAAAGGAAGAAAAAGACGACUUAGAGCAAAAUCUAAGGACGAUUAUAGUGAUUCGUCUAUAAAUUAUAGCGAUGAUAGCUUCCAAGAAGAUUUAGGGAAUAACGGAACGGUAAGAACGUUUCUUCUUCAGCGCAAGCUCGGAGGACGGAGAUCAAAAUGUCGCGCAGAUAAGAAUAAAAAGAGAUCGAAGUCGGAGAUCGAAGCAAGUCGAGCCAAUCGGAAGAAUUUACAAUCAGAAACAAAGAGCGAUCAAGACGAGCACAGUGGUACCGACGACAGUUUAGAAGUAAUCGUCGUGAGAACGUCCGUUGAGAAGAAAAAGUGUGAAAAGAUUGUAUCCGGAGGAAAAGCACAGAAAUCGAAAGAAAAUUCAAAAGAUAUUAGAAAAAGAGGAUCUCGUAAACGAAAUUUGAGACGGAAAUCAGAAUCCUGUGUAUCGACAACAUCCGAUAAGUUAUCCGAUAAGCCGUUCGAUAAAGCAUCCGAAAAGGUAUCCGAGAAGGAUGCCAGCACUAAACCAAAGUCACGUUCAGACAAGAAAGAAAUAGAGGAAGAAGAGUAUAAAAACGUCAUUGACGUUGACGAUGACCAAGUCGCGUCAAAGUCAUCCACAUCAGAGGAUAAGGCAAUGUCCUUCGUAGAAAGACGCUAUCAUCAUAGAGACGUGACGGAUAGUACGAGCCAUGAAACCGUCGAACGAGUUUUAGUUACGGCGAUGGUCCAUAAAGACCAAGGACCGGAUACUCCAAAGUCUACGAUAGAAACUUCGAAGGAAGUCACUUUUGAAAAUGUUUUGGAAAAAGAGAUAUCUGAUAAGAAUUGUGAAGAAUUGCAAAAUAAUGUGGACGAUGUUUAUGGAAAAUCCGAUCAACUAUCUAACUCGUUGGUAAUGAAGGCUAAAGAUCUAAAGAAGGAUCUCCAAAAUAUACAAUGUGGGGUUGAAGAUAGGAAUGAAAAUAGCGUAAACGAAAGGAAUAAUGAUAAUGAGAAGGUAGUAAGAGAUGUCGAAGCGGUUGAAGGUAGGUUGCGCGCAUUCCAAGUAAAAAAACCCGAAAGCACUUCAUUGGAUUCUCAGGAAGAGGGACGUCUGCAUUCGGGACUAGAUCAACGAAAGGAGAGUUCUCAAAAAGAUAUUUUUUUAUUGAAAAAUGAAGAAAGCGAUAAAAUAAUUCUUGCCAUUUCGCCAAGCACUCCGAAAAACAUUGUAAGCUGCAUGGAUUCAGCUAACGAUAGUGUGGCUUCAGAAGUAGUUUCACAUGCUCAUACAUUGAAAGAAUCACUUAGAGAAGAGAUGCCAACUUUGGCGUUAGAAAAACUUUCAAAAGUAGAAAAAGAGAAAGAGAGAUCGGAAGAUGUAAUCGAGACAAUAGGUUCGAAAGAAAAAUACAGUAUAAAUGGUACAUUACAAAAGGAUGUCGAAGAAUCGUGCAAAGGAAACAUUAUCAUCGAUGAGUUUGGCUUAACGAAUAAAAAAUCGUUUAAAAUUCAACAAGAGAAACGUCAGAAUGAGGCAUCAUCUCCUUCUUUCGAUGCGACUUAUAGCAAUGACUUCUUCGAGGAUAAGGAGCAAGUAGAUUCCGCACGUGGCAAAUCUGUUGAUUUAUCCUCAGAUUCUAGAGAUUCAGUAUUGAUACGAGAAGAUGAGAAUGACUUUUCGAGAACGAAUACACCAGUCCUCGCUAAGAGUACCGUUCUCGAAGUAAAAUUUGACGAACAUAAAACUGCAAGAGAACCUAAUAAAGUCAGGAUUGUCAAAAAAAUAGACGCAAAUAAUACUAUGAACGAGGAAAAAUCUUUCUUAAGUAAAGACGUCAAGAAUUUUUCGCCGACAGCAACAAGACGUUCAAGAUAUUCAAAAGAUUCGACCAGAAAGCAGACAAAAGAAGCUGAGUGCCCCUUGACCGUAACAAAAACAUCGAACAGGACUAAAAAUUUAUCUGAUAAAUCUGAAGAACGUUCUCUCGAUCGCAGUGCCAUAGUUGCCGUUAUCGAGAGUCCGGAAUGGUAUGAAGAAGAUGAAGAAAUCGAGAAGGAAAUUAGAAAAGUAAUCAGAAAAGACGGCGAACGUGAUACGAGACAAGAAGAAAAUAACGAAAUUGGCGUUAUGAGAGUUUUGCCGAGUACUAGCGAGCAAGAUACUUACCGAAGUCUAGACGUCGGUACAUCCAAAACUUCGGCUAUCGUUACUUUACCUGAAGUUCAGAGAAAACUUUGCACGUACUCGGAAAAGAUACCUAAGAUUCCAUCGGAAAAUCAACGUUUUCGACAGUGUACGAAACAGUGUCGUCGUGAUAGUGGCGGUAGAGAUAGUGGUAUAGAACCAAGUCCGAGAGUUUCUAAAAUACCAAAAAGAAGGAACAUGGUCGAAUGUUCAAAGCUGGAAAAACAUCAACCGCUCAAUGUAGAUACCGUCACGAGAGACGUUCAAAUUAAUUUGCGUCGUUACCAUUUAGAAAGGAAGAUCUUUUUUCAAUUGAUGGAACUUAAGAGAUUGCAGAUUAGGCAUGGUAGAGCUAAUGAGCAAGUUUUGGUUAAAAGACAGGUCGAGUCAUUUCAUAAAGCUGGCAUGACCGGUCCAACCCUUGGUGUUGCUAAAUAUGAUCAACCAUUUACAUUCAGACAUUUCGAAGCCUUCUUAUACGAACAAUUAAGGAAACUACAAAGGAGACCGGCCACACCAAAUUUUUGUACAGAUGCAAAAUAUUGUACCCAGAGAACUCAUCGGUGUCAUCAUGCUACAACUGCUUAUACUUCAGUACCUGUUUAUACUUAUAUUGGCGGAGAGGCGCAAGAACGAGUGGAUCACUUUCCAAAAAUAGAGACUCGUGGGAGAGGACAAAUGACGGUGGAAGUAACUCACGGUGACGAAAAACAAGUUAUCGCUCUACCAGCUGAAAGACUAGAUUGCACCAAAAGAUAUUUUGUUACUUUUACCGUUAGAGGAGAAAGUCAAGGGACAACGAAAUCGUCUCAUUCUAUAAAACGAAGUGCUAAGAGUGUUUAAAACGUUCAGUAUAUUUAAUAUCAUGUACAUAUAUUGUAUAUGAUAUGGGUAGUGUAUAUUUUUCUAGCAUUUUAUAAAAUGCUCAUGUAAAACGGGCAAUGUGUAUAAUAAGCAAGUAUUUCACAGAUUGCCCCGUCAUUUUAUAUAAUGCGUAGAGGGUUUCGGAAAAUCUAUAAAAUAUGCCUCAAUGAGGAGUAUUUAGAGCAGAGGGGAGGGUAGCGGAGAAAAUCUGAAGCUAUUGUGCGUGAAAUAAAUCAUGGAAAGUAAAAUCCUCCCACUAUGCUCUAAACACAGCCAACUGAAGCACAUUUUAUAGAUUGACCGAAACCUUCUGGGCAUUUUGUAAAAUGCCCACAGUAAUAUAUUGCCCGUAACAUAUAUAUGACUGUUUGUAUAAGUGAUGUCUUGUCUUAUCUAUGUAUUUAUCUGCGUACUUAUUUGUUAACUUCAUAUUUUAACUUAUUAUUUUUUUUCUUUUCUUUUCUUUUAAAGGAGAAAGUGAAAUAUCAAGAUUUUUUAUAUAAAAAAUAUUAUUAUUUAUUCUAUUAUAUAGUAUGGUUUUACUUUUCAAGUAUUACUGCAAACUGCCAGAUGAAAUUCCAACAUACAGAGGCCAACGCGAAACAAAUAUUUAUGAUUAAAAUGUUAGUAUAAAUUUUAUACGAUAUACAUAAAUACAUAUAGAUAUGUAAGUAUUCUUGACAAUUAAUUGUCAAGAGAAGGGUAUGAAAAAAUUAAUAUUUUAAGCAGAAUUAUGUAUAAUUCGUUUAUCGGUUUUUCUAAUAGAUAUAAGUUCAAUUAUUUGCAAUGAAAUUAGUGAUGUAAUGUAUAAAAAAAAGUAACAUAAAUUAGAUAUAGUUCAU